ACGCUUCCCUCUUUCCUUAAUUUCCAACCAUUUUCUCUGUCUUUUCUGUUCUUGCAAGCAUCGAAAUCUUCUUUCUUACACAGACUAGCUUCUUCUUCUUCUCUCUGUCUCUGUCUCUUCCAAUUUCUACGCAAACGUUGAACCUUUUUCUCUCCCAGGGUUUCCUUUUUCCUGAUUUGAAGGGUGAAUUGAAGGUUGACCAAUCGGUGAAUUGAAUUGAAGGGUGAUUCUGGGAUCUGGCAGAAGCAGAAACGUGUGGAUCUCUGCAAUUCCUGCAGUUUUCCGCAUCUGGGUAUUGCUAGUUUUUGUCAUAUGGGUUGGAGAUAUAGAGCUGGGUUGUUCCUCAUAGCUACUGUUGUUAUUAUAUGGGUUUCCUCUGCUGAAGUCACCCAGGAUAUCUUUGUAGAUUAUAAGCAGCCAUUUGCAGUGACAUAUCUUGGAGCUUCUCUUAUGGUAGUUUACCUCCCAAUAGCAUUCAUUAAGGACUGGUUGUGUAACUUACUUAAACAUCGCUCUUCUAAAAGUGGAAAAAAUGCAGAGAGCGGGGAUGAGUUUUCUGUCAGGAUUGGCUCUCCUUUCAAAGGAAAUGAAGCGCAGAGAAGCUUUGAAGUGGAACUGGGGAAUAUAAUUCGAAAAGAUAGCGAUUUAGACUUAUCAACUCUUUCAGAAGUAAAGCCAUUGGUGGUCAGAUAUAAUGACACUAAUUUGCCAAAAGAAGAGAAAGCUCUUACUGCAAAGGAAAUUGCUACUUAUGGAUUUUACAUUGCACCUAUCUGGUUUAUAACAGAGUAUCUAUCCAAUGCUGCUCUUGCACGAACAAGUGUUGCCAGUACAACAGUAUUAUCAUCUACUUCAGGACUCUUUACUCUUUUCAUUGGUGUGUUAAUGGGCCAAGACUCUUUAAGUAUGUCAAAAGUGGUAGCUGUCUUCGUCAGCAUGGUCGGGGUGGCCAUGACAACUAUGGGAAAAACUUGGGCUGCAGAUGACUCAAAAUUUAGUUCUUCCAAUGGACAGCGCUCUCUUGUUGGAGAUCUUUUUGGCCUUCUCUCAGCCGUGUCAUAUGGUCUAUUUACAGUUCUCUUAAAAAAGUUUUCUGGUGAAGAAGGAGAACGGGUUGAUGUGCAAAAGCUGUUUGGAUAUGUUGGACUGUUUACUCUAGUAGCUCUAUGGUGGCUUAUCUGGCCAUUAUCUGCCUUAGGAAUUGAACCUAAGUUUACAAUUCCUCAUUCUGCUAGAGUGGAUGAAGUGGUUCUUGCCAAUGGAUUCAUUGGAAGCGUUCUCUCAGACUAUUUCUGGGCACUCUGUGUUGUAUGGACAACUCCCCUUGUGGCCACUUUGGGCAUGUCACUCACCAUUCCUCUUGCUAUGUUGGCUGACAUGGUGAUCCACGGUCGGCAUUAUUCAGCAUUAUACAUUCUUGGCUCAGUUCAGGUAUUUGCAGGCUUUGUGAUAGCUAAUAUUUCAGAUUGGAUGACAAAGAAGUUGGGAUUAUAACAUAUGGUUUUCUAGAUUAAUUUGGUAAACACUGAUUCUUUCUUUGGUCGAUCAUCUUUCCACUACUAUGAUUGAGUGCUAUACCAUGAAUCAAUAGUCACUCGCCAAUGGGGGUGGGUGCAUAGUUUGGGAAACAAAAAAAAGAGUUUAAAAUUAAAACCAAUGUGUUAAUCCCAGUUUUGUGAUUUUUUAAGGGAAGCAACAAAAGGGUGUGCUUUUCAAGCUGUAUUUGUUCUGUGUAUAGGCUUACAGAGUGAGGCCUUUGUUGUAAUUAUGUGGAGGAUGAGCUGCCAGCCAUGGAUGUCAUGAUUCAUUGUUACCUUAUUCUUGGCUACAUAGGUAAAUGCAUUCAUAAAAGGAAAAAACUGGGAAUUUCAUUGAA